CUCCUCCCAUUUACUCUGCCCUGCACCGUUUUUGUUCUCUGAAAGAGACUCUAGCCGCACUCCAGCUGCCGUCGCUGCCCAUCGUCAUCCUGUUCAUCUCUUACUCUGCUCCCCACAUCGCGCCACCCGCUGUUUCAUAGCGCCUCACUACAAACAAAAAGAGACACGAGGCCAACACCGCCGAUUUGCCUGUCCAGUCACGAAAGAGAGGAUUGAAAGGAGCACGCUCUCUUGCCUCUUCCUUUUUCUAUUUUGCACCUUCGCUCUUCUACAUAUAAUUCUGUCACCGACACAGUAGAGCCAUGGCUGCUGGAUCAUCACGCCCCCACUCUAUUCAGUCUGUACACCGGGAACUCCCUGUUGCCGAGCCGGCAGCUGUUAUUGAAGCCGAUGAUGAGAAGCCCUCGGCGUGGUCGCGCAUGGCGGCCAGCACAAAGCGCAAGCUUGCUCCACCGUCCCGGUUUGUGUGGAAGUACCUGCGCAAGACCAACCUGACAAUGUGGAUUCUGCUUGGCCUCGUCCUGGGCAUUAUCGUAGGCAAUUUUGCCCCCGACUUUUCGGUCGAGAUUAAGCCGCUGGCAGAUGCCUUUCUGCGCAUGAUCCAGACGCUGGUCGUACCGCUCAUUUUCUCCACGCUCGUCGUCGGAAUUGCUGGGCACGGCGAUGACCUGUUCACUUCGCUCAUCUACUUUGAGGUCGUGUCGACGCUAGCAAUCCUCCUCGGCCUCCUGAUGGUCAACGCCAUUAAGCCGGGCAAGGGCGUCAAGAUUGAUACCGACAGCAAGGCUAAUACGACUGCAGGCAGUCCGAUUACCUGGGACGGCGAGCUGUUCAAGAUCAUCCCAAAGUCGUUCUUCCAGGCUGCCUCUGACGGUGAGAUUCUGCAGAUUGUGUUCUGCUCGCUGAUGUUUGCUGUCGCCAUUUGCCGCAUCAAAGUUGCCGAGUACAAGGUUCCGAUGCUGCGGUUCCUCACCUCCCUGUCGAAGAUCAUGUUUGGCGUCACUGCAUUGGUCAUGAACUAUGCGCCCAUCGGUAUCGGUUGCUCGAUUGCCGCCACAGUCGGCAAGAACGGCCUCAAGGUGCUUAUUUCUCUUGGCAAGCUUGUCGGCACUCUGUACGGCACGCUGGCCAUCUUCGUCAUUAUCGUCCUGAUUCCAAUCAUGCUGCUGUUCAAGGUGCCGGUCAAGAUCUUCUUCCGCACCAUCUGGCAGCCGUUCCUCAUCGCCUUCUCGACGGCCUCGUCCGAGUCGGCACUGCCCAAGGCCAUGGAGAACCUGGAGGCCAUGGGCAUCCCAAAGAACAUUGUUGGUUUCGUGAUCCCCACCGGCUACAGCUUCAACCUCGACGGCACCAGCUUGUACCUGAGUCUGGCGGCGAUCUUCUGUGCCCAGGCCACGGACACGCAUCUGUCGGUUAGCAAGCAGGUUGUGCUGAUGCUGACACUGAUGCUCACAUCGAAGGGCGUUGCAGCGAUCCCGCCGCGGCCAUCGGCAACUUUGACAUUCCCGAACGAUGCGCUGGCACUGAUCCUCGGCGUCGAUGCCUUCCUGGACAUGGCCAGAACUGGUGUCAAUGUCAUGGGCAACUGCCUUGCCGCCUGCGUCAUUGCCCGCUGGGAGGGCCAGUACCCGCCUCAUGGUCGUUGGGAAGGCAACCUGAAGCGUGAGGAGGAGAACAACAGUGAAUGGAGAGAAGACGAGACCGGUGACUCUCACAAGAUCGAGGAGGGCAUUUCUCACCACAUCCACUAAGCAUGCUAUUAGUUUCCAUACAUUCCCAGUAAUACCAGAAUUUCUAUUUACAAAUCCACCAUUAUUUAGUCUCGGCUGUCCAUUCA